AUGGAUGAGCCUAAGAAUGUAAGUAAUAGUAGUAAUUUUGGAGGGGAGGCUUCAUACGAUAAUAAUCAAAUAGUUCCAAAAUAUAAUAAUAAUUAUGAAACCGAAAAAGAAGAAAAGAAUUUAAUCAGCAAUAUAUUUUCAACGAGAAGACCAAAACAUGCAGGAGCAGGUUUAGUGUCCGGAAUAAAAUCUGUUACUAAGGGAAUAAUAGUUGGAACUAGCUUUUUAUUUAUAUCUCCAUAUUUAUGUGCAAAGGCUGAAGGUAUUAACGGUUUUUUUAAAGGUAUGUUUUUUGGACUUUUAAGUGCUAUAAUAAUUCCAAUAGUUUCAUUAGGUGUAGCUAGCUAUCAAAUAGGUAGAGGAAUAAUGAACACACCUGAAUCGAUUACUCAGAAGGCUUUGGGAAAAAUAUGGGAUGAUGAAAAAAGAGAAUGGUAUGAUUUUUAUUAUAAUUUGGACGAGGAAGCAAAUGAAUUAUUAAAUAUUACUGAUGAUAAUAAGAAUAAUAAAUAUGAUAGAAAAAAAGAUACAAAUAAUGAUGAAUAUUAUAAUAAGAAUGGGAAUAUAAAAGUAAAAAAUGAUGAAUUUUAUAGAAUAUUAAAAGUUCCAACAGAUGCGAGUCAAAAUGAAAUUAAAAGACAAUAUUACAAAUUAGCUAAAGAAUUUCAUCCAGAUAAAUGUUCUGAUUUAAAAGCAAAAGAACAAUUCCAAAAAAUUGGAGAAGCUUAUCAAGUUUUAGGAGAUGUAGAAAGAAGAAGAAGAUAUGAUAAAGAAGGGAAAACCGCUAUAAACAAUAUGCAAUUUAUUGAUUCCACAUUCUUUUUUACCUUAUUAUUUGGUAGUGAAAAAUUAGAUCCAUAUAUUGGAAAAUUAAGAAUGGUUAUGUAUGUAGAAUAUGAACAAUUAUAUAAAGAUGAAGAUGUACAACGUCUUAUUAUAAAAGAACAAAAUAAAAGAGAAGUUCAAUUAGCUUUACAUUUAAGAGAUAUGAUAAAUAAUUAUAUAUUUGGAGAUCCAGAUGAUUAUAUAAUUAAAUUUUCUCAACAAAUUAAAGAAUUAUGUCAAACAUCAUUUGGUCAUAUAAUAUUAGAAAAUGUAGCAUGGUCAUAUGAAAACUGUGCUAACCAAUUCUUAGGUGAAAAAUAUAGUCUUUUUGGUAUAAGUGGAAAAUAUUAUAAAAUGCAACAAAAAAAAAGAGUUAUAGGAACUGGUUUUAAAUUUGUAAAAACCUUAAUAAAAACCAGUUCAUUAGCUAACCAAAUUAGAAAAAAAGAAGAUGAUGAUGAUAUAUCGUAUGAAAAAACUGCAAAAGUUAAUAAAAAAAUUGAGGAUUCCCUACCUACUAUUGUAGAAACUAUGUUAAAUAUUUGUUUAAUCGAUAUUGAUCAAACCAUAAAGGGAGUUUGUAAAAAGGUUUUUACUGAUAUGGGAGUGGAUGAAAAUAUGAGAAAAACAAGAGCUGAAACUCUUAUCAUUCUAGCUAAAAUUAUGAAAAAAAUAAUUUACGAUUUUAAAAAAAAUACGGAAAUUAUGGAUACCAAGAAAUUAUUUGAAGACGCCUGCAUGAGGGCUUGCCAAAAACAAGAUGACGAUUAUAUAUGA